UCGGGAUGUACUCCGCCUCUCGCCCGAAGAUUGCUGGGAUAGCCUAUUUGUUACAGCUACAGGACGCUAACGUAAAUCUGUUGCGCAGACCCUGAAUUGGUAGACAAAUGUAGUUUGUCCGAGUGGAGUUGCCGUACAAGUUCAGCCGCAGACAUACUUCUUCCGUAUACGUGUUGUUUAACCACAAGGCACAGAAAACACUUGACUGUUACUGGAUUAGUAGUGAACGUACUGAAGCCCCGUCGCAGUAUGUCACGCAAAUACUUCAUUAAAUGAAGUAAAACAACAUUCAUGAAGUUUUCGUAUCCGUAUCCCGUCUCGCUGCAAGUUGAAGCUUCACCGGCUAGCUUAGUUUAGCUAGGAUUGGUAGCCGCUAACAAACAGACGCGUUUUGUCAUCGACGUCGCAAAGCAGAAAAAAAAGCGGUAAACUGUUGUGCGUAUCGUGUGAAAACGUGCGCAGGAAUGACAAAAGAGAAGAACGGAAGACAAGGUCGUCUACUCGACGCAGUUUUCAAGCAGCCUCCAGUUGCGGUGCACAACAGAGCAGAUGUCAGUGAAGAAUCUCGUCGUGCUGAGCAGCAGGAGCCAGAGUCUCCUCGGGUUAAGGGCGAUAAAGAGCCCUCCGACAUUAAAGAGGAAGACGAGCCAGAGACCACCGACAUUAAGAAGGAAGAGGAACCUGUGGCUACUCAAAUUAAAGAGGAAGACGAGCCAGGGCCCUCCCACAUUAAAGACGAAGAGCACGAGGCUGAUAUCACCAACUUUCCAUUGACUGUCAUUGUCAAGAGCGAAGAUGAAGAAGAAGAAGAAGGUGAUGGAGACCACUGUGGAGGAUCACAAGCAGACAGCCUCUCUAAACUAUCAGAUGGUGACGACAUAACGUCACACUCACCUGACACGGAUAAUCAUGAUGAUGAACACUCUAAAGAUGAUAUGACAUGUCACACUGAGUGCUGGAAAUGCUCUGAGUGUGGCAAAACCUAUAUUUCAAAGUAUACUUUGAAAGUACACAUGAGACUACACACUGGGGAGAAACAGUUUGCCUGCUCAGUUUGUGGUAAACGCUUCAAUAUGAAGACAGAUCUAAUAAGGCACACAAGAACACACACUGGCGAGAAACCUUUUGUCUGCUUAGUUUGCGGUCGGAGAUUCUCUUUCAACGUAAGUUUAAUAAGGCACACAAGACUACACACUGGGGAAAAACCGUUUGCUUGCUCAGUUUGCGGUAAACGAUUCUCUGUAAGUGGACAUUUAAAAGAACAUGCAAGAACGCACACUGGCGAAAAGCCUUUUGCUUGCCCAGUGUGCGGGCAAAGAUUCUCUGUAAAAGCAAGUUUAAUUAAGCAUACAAAAACACACACCGGAGGGAAGUCUUUUGUCUGCUCGGUUUGUGGUCAAAAAUUCUCUCUAAAGGAAAGUUUAAUUCAGCAUACAAGAACACACUCGGGUGAGAAACCUUUUGCCUGCUCAGUUUGCGGUCAAAGAUUCACUCUGAAGGCAGAUUCGGCGAGGCACGCAAGAAUACACACUGGGGAGAAACAGUUUUCAUGCUCAGUUUGCGGUAAAAGAUUUGCUCAGAAGGGACAUUUAGGAAGACACAAUAGAACACACACUGGUGAGAAACCAUUCAGUUGCAGUGUGUGUGAUAAAAGAUUCUCUCGUAAAGACAAUGUGAAGAAACACAAGUGUGCUGGUAGAGAGGAGCAGCAGUAAAUGAAGCUUUUCAUAUAUAGACUGUGAAGCAACGGACUCUUUGUGCUAAACUAUAAAAGUGUACCCUAUAUGUACAGUAAGACUGAAUAAAUUAAAAGUCUAUAAUCA